AUGUACUGGUUCCGCAUCGAUGUCUGCCGCCACCUCGUCGUCGGCCUCGGCCUUCAGUGGACCUCGUCGUCCGACUCCGUCGUCACUCUCCAACUUUUCAUUGGUAACCUCUGCCUAGUGUUCCAACUGCCCCAUGCGCCUCGCGUCCCCCUCUACCCCCGCCGCUUCCUGUCCGACUCUGACCACACCUUCAUUGGCGUGUGGACUCACAACGACCAGGACAUGCUCCGCAGACCCAAGUUGCUCUCUACGAAGACGCUGUCAGAGGAUCUUUUGAGUUUCAAGGACGUGACGAAGCUGGCUUGGGUUCGGAGGAGCGACUGUGAGGCUUAUUGGCUUGAGGAAGAGCAAGUUCAGCAUGCUGCCGUCGACGCUUAUUUUUCGUUCAGAAUGGGAAAGGCCUUGCAUGUCUGGAACUGGCCCAUUGGAGGAGAGGCCACUAGAUCAGGCGUCAGUUCUGAUUCUCGACGUGGAAGUCCAGGGUCUGUGCGAAGGGUGAACCUCUGCACUUUAACCCUGCAGCUCUCGCUACUCCUCGGACCUCCGACCGCUUUUUAG